UAGCUGGUAUGAAAUGGAAAGCCGGUCAAACCUUUUUCGUACAUAUGCACGCAAUCCAAUUGAACCCUAAACAUUGGCCUGAACCCGAGAAAUUUGAUCCAGAUCGAUUUAUGAAAAAUUCCAUCGAAAAGAAUUCCUUUAUUCCAUUUGGUGGCGGUGUUCGAAUGUGUCCUGGACGACAUUUAGGAGAGUUGGGAAUUAAAACUUUAAUGGCUUCAGUAUUUAGAAAAUUUGAUGUUAGUUUAGUAGAUCCGGAUGCACCUCUUCAUAAAGGAUAUGGACGGGCUUACAGUGGCAUUUCAAUGUUUGCAUAUGAUACAGCUUGGUUGGCAAUGAUUCCUAAUAAAGCAUAUAAAGAAUCAGCUGUCACCGAUGAAUCAAUGACUUCUAUUUGA